UAGUUGUUACUAAACAACCGUCGGAAAGAUGCGGUUCAGCUAACAGCAGGCGCCACAGUGAGCUGUCGUCUUCAAUUAUCUCCUUUAUAAAAACACAGUGUUUGACAAAACUGUUUAAUUAUUGUGUGUCAUGAUUAAAUGCACGUUGUGUUGUGCUAGAGGUUGUUGAGCGCGCUGCAGCGCAUUUGUGGCCCGUUAUGGUCUGCAUUAUAUUUAAUGACAUGCAGCAAUGAGUGUUCUCGGUCAGUUGCUGUUGAUGAAAGCGAUUGAUCUUGUGACCAAAGCCACAGAAGAAGACAAGUCGAAGAAUUAUGAGGAGGCAUUGCGCCUUUACCAACAUGCUGUGGAGUAUUUUCUUCACGCCAUUAAAUAUGAGGCCCACAGUGACAAGGCGAAGGAAAGCAUUCGGGCAAAGUGUAUGCAAUAUUUGGACAGAGCGGAGAAACUUAAGGAUUACCUGAAGAAUAAAGACAAACAGGGCAAGAAGCCAGUGAAGGAGUCCCAGAACAAUGACAAAAGUGACAGUGACAGUGAGGGGGAAAACCCGGAGAAGAAGAAGCUUCAGGAGCAACUUAUGGGUGCGAUUGUAAUGGAGAAGCCCAAUGUAAGGUGGAAUGAUGUGGCUGGGCUAGAGGGAGCCAAGGAAGCUCUAAAAGAGGCCGUCAUUCUUCCCAUCAAAUUCCCGCACCUUUUUACAGGUAAGCGGACGCCAUGGAGAGGCAUCCUGCUGUUUGGCCCACCGGGAACAGGAAAAUCAUACCUGGCAAAGGCUGUGGCCACUGAGGCUAACAACUCCACCUUCUUCUCGGUCUCUUCCUCAGACCUCAUGUCUAAGUGGCUGGGAGAAAGUGAGAAACUUGUCAAAAACCUGUUUGAUCUAGCCCGUCAGCACAAACCCUCCAUCAUCUUUAUCGAUGAGGUGGACUCUCUGUGUGGCUCCAGGAAUGAGAACGAGAGUGAAGCUGCUCGCCGCAUUAAGACAGAGUUUCUGGUCCAGAUGCAGGGUGUGGGCAACAACAACGAUGGCAUUUUGGUGCUGGGAGCCACCAACAUUCCCUGGGUGCUCGACGCCGCCAUCCGAAGAAGGUUUGAAAAGCGUAUCUACAUCCCUCUGCCCGAGGAGCCGGCCCGGGCUCAGAUGUUUCGUCUACAUCUGGGCAACACACCACACAGCCUGAGCGAGACCGACUUGCGGCAGCUCGCUCACAAAACAGACGGCUACUCUGGCGCCGACAUAAGCAUCAUUGUACGGGAUGCGCUCAUGCAGCCUGUUAGGAAGGUCCAGUCUGCAACACACUUUAAAAAGAUCUCCGGCCCGUCCCGCAGCAACAACCAGCUCACGGUGGACGACCUAUUGACGCCUUGUUCGCCCGGUGACCCUGCUGCCCUAGAGAUGACCUGGAUGGAUGUGCCGAGUGAUAAGCUUCUGGAGCCCAUAGUCUGCAUGUCAGACAUGCUGCGAUCUCUUUCCACUACUCGGCCAACGGUCAACACUGACGAUCUCCUCAAGGUCAAGAAGUUCACGGAGGACUUUGGGAUGGAGGGUUGAGUCGAGCGCCUGACACAUCACUCAUCAUUGUAGUCCCUCUUCUGCGCUCUCUGGGAUUUCAAAAGCAGAAGACCCCACAGCAAGAAUCAUCCCGUUUUUGCAAUCCUUGGAGAGUACUGAUAAAAUGAUGCGAAGGAAAACUUGGCAUGACUCCCAUUGAAAUGAUGCCGCUACUCUACAAAACAGUUAAAGUGAGGUGACACUAAUUGAAGGAUUGUACAUUUUCUCACCACUUUGCUUUGGAAUGAAGAAUCAGUGUUUUAUUUAAUGUCCGUCUGUCCAUCAGUGUCCUUGUUUGAUCAACUGCAUCAUUUUACAGUUCCUGCUUUUAAAUACUAAUUGACCGUACACCAAACAAGUCUGACUCUUUGUUGAAAUGAAGCAUAGUCAAUUGCUUAAAAGCUGUCAUGGAGCAUUAACACAGUGUAAAACAUGGCAUUGCAAAUGCUCUUCAUAUCAGCCUUCCUAUAAAGGAUUCCAUAUUUUUGUUGCCAGAUUCAUAAAACCUUUUACUUGAGUCGAAGAAACCCGAUCAAGCACAUUUAUUUUUUCGGGUGAGGGGCCUGCUGCUAAUUCUAUUCAAUUCUGACAGUAUUUGAGCUCACCCAAGUACGGUAGUAGUACAGAAUGAACAGUUGAGUCACGGCAGUUCUGGACUAAAUGCAUACUAUUUCAACUUUGAAGAUUGAGCGAUGUUAAAAGGAACAUCUGCCCUGGAUGCAAGAUUUGAAGUGAUAAAACUAUGCUAAAGUGUAUUUCUCUGGAGGUUUAACACAAUGAUUACUUGUCCCUUUGUUACCCUACUGGUCAUGUGAAUAUUACUAAUUUAAGAUGGAUGAAUAAAAACUUAAUAUUUCA